AUGGCCAAUUCUCCUACGAGUAUUGAGACGCAAAUAGACAGCUUCUUGGAACAAUUCAAGAGAAGUGCUUCGAAGGCUAUGGAAGAAAGGAUGGAGUGGCCCGAUGGACCGUCUCCAGGAACAAUCGUUAAGUCACGAAGCAGCUGUUUCACUCUGGAUUCUUCCUUUGAAGCGGAGUGCGAUGGCUGUGGUAGCGAUAGUGAAGACGGGCGCAGUGUGGGUGAGCUGCUACUACCGCAGUACGCGCUGGCGACGGGCGGGCUGGCGAAAGACCACCGCCCACUCAUCACCUUCCCCGACAACAAUAACUUCCACCUGCUCACCGCCGCCGAAUACCGACGCCUCCUUCUCUACCUCACCUCCGUGCCGUCUAUAUUAGAAGCUGACAUGGGCUUCCAUAUUAUAAUAGAUCGAAGGAAAGAUAGAUGGAAUUCUGUCAAAGCUGUUUUGCUACGAAUAUCUGAGUUUUUUCCGGGUAUCAUUCACGCAGUAUAUGUCCUACGGCCAGCGAGUUUCCUCCAGAAGGCUUUAUCAGAAGUUAGCAGUAAGCUAUUCAAAGAGGAGUUUCGUUUUCGAGUGCUCGUUUGUUCGAGCGUCGAGGAAUUAUACGAAAACUUCGAUAGAUCUCAACUGACGGCGGACCUUGGCGGCGAACUGCAGUACUCACAUUCAGAGUGGAUUCAACAGCGAAUCGCAUUAGAAAAGUUUUCAACGUUAAUGAAAGAAAUAUCGAGUAAAUUAGACAAUUUUAUGCACGAAAUAGUAGACUGCGAUAUGGGGAACGAUCCAACACAAACCAAAGAAUUAUUAGACUGUCAAGAAUCUAGAUAUAAAUCUUUAAAAGCUGAACUGUCGUCAGCAACGACUCAAGGAGAGGAAUUGUUGACACAAGUGCGAAAACCAAAUCUAACUUAUAACAUUAUUAGCCAUGUAGCAGCUGUUGAAAGAUUACUUGUGCAACUAGAGGAGACUGAAAAACAAUUCGACAACUUUUGGCAGAAACAUUCAAUGAAAUUAAAUCAUUGGUUAAUGUUUAGAACAUUUUUAUUAAACUUUAAACAAAUGCAGGCCACUUUAGAUUCCCAUCUAAAGAACGCGUGUGACAUGACUGAGGUUGGAGAAACUGCAAUAAGGGUUGAUGACCUUAUUCAAGAAGCAAACGAAUUUGAAAAACUUUGCAACAGUGACCUUGAUGCCGCUUCAGCAGUCAUUGAUGAAGGUGAAAAGUUGAUGAAAGACCCGUUAAGUUCCGUGGACCACAUAGAAUCUAAAUGCGAAGAAUUGAGGCGAACUAGUUCAUUAUUGAUAGAAAAAAUACAAAAACGCAAUCUAUUGUUAAUAAAAGCGAGAGAACUGAUGGAUAGGAUAGACAAGGCGAACGAGUGGUGCGCGACGGGCGUAGAGUUACUGGCGGGUGAAGGCGGGCUGCUGGCCGUGGACAAGCUGCUGGAGGACGCGCGCAGCUUCGGGCUCGCCGCGCCCGACUCCUUCCGCGACAUGCUGCUCACCAGCGCCACGCAGGAAACGCGCGCGCUCGUCACGCAGGUGUGCCAGCGCGUGGAGGACGUUUGGCUGAUGGUGUCGGUGAAGCGCGCGUCGCUGCUGCGCGCCGCCGCGCGCCCCGCGCGCCCCGUGCACGCCGUGCCGCCGCACUCCGCCGCGCCGCUCGACGCGCAGGUACGUAUGGAAACAUCGGGUGGGUCGGAGAGUUCGGGCGGGGAGGAUGCGGAGGCGCGGCGGUUGCGACGCGGACACGUGCUCGCUGAACUGCUGCAGACCGAGAGAGUUUACGUGCAGGAACUUGGAUCUAUACUUACUGGCUAUAAAGAGGAAAUUGAAAAACCCGAAAAUCAGCACGUUCUGCCAGCAGCAUUAGUCGGACAAACGGAUGUAUUAUUCGGAAACCUUCACGAACUAUUUACAUUCCAUCAAGACAUUUUCUUAAAAGACUUGGAAAGAUCUAUUUCAGCUACGGAACUCGUCGCAUUAUGUUUUGUUGAAAAGAGAGAUACUUUCUUCCGCCUAUACAGCUACUACUGCCAAAAUAUCCCGCGAUCGGAAAGAUUACGAGAGACCUUAGUGGACACCCACCUCUUCUUGCAAGCCUGUCAACAACGCCUCGGACACAAAUUGCCCUUGGCCGCUUACCUUCUUAAACCGGUGCAGAGAAUCACAAAAUAUCAACUCUUACUAAAGGACUUAUUACGUUAUAGCGAAUGCGGUUCCAUGAGCUCUGGACUUCAACAAGCUCUUGACUGCAUGCUUGUUGUCCUCAAAUGUGUCAACGAUUCAAUGCAUCAAAUAGCCAUUACAGGCGUUCCUGUGGAUUUAAGCCAGCAAGGCGAGCUUUUAUUACAAAGUUCUUUCCUCGUGGUAUCAGAGAAUAAGCGUGAUCUCCGGUUGAGGAUACGGCCAAGACGUCGACAUAUUUUUCUCUACGAGAAGGCCAUGCUCUUCUGCAAGCCUGCAACAAAGAACAGCCACAACAAAGCUACAUACCACUUCAAACAUGAUCUCCAAAUGUCACAAAUCGGGCUGACGGAGUCGGUGAAGGGCGACCCGCGCAAGUUCGAGGUGUGGCGGCAGGGGCGCGCCGAGGUGCACACGAUCACGGCGCCCACCGCGGACGUGAAGCGCACCUGGGUGGAGCGGAUCAAGCGCGUGCUGCUCGACCAGCUCAACGAGCUCAAGGGCGAGCGCGUGCGCCAGUACGGGGCGCAGCACAGGACACUUAUCCAGACGAGCUCGUGGGAGCUGGGCCCGGGCGCGGGCGGCAGGCCCGGCGCGGCGGCCGCGCGCGCCGCCUCCUGCGACGCGCACGACGAGCCCUGCUGGUCCACCGACCCCUCCGACGACGACGACGACGACACCGAGCACGCGCCGGCGGUGGGGUGCGCGCUGGUGGCGCUGUCGGACUACACGGCGGUGGGCGCCAGCGAGGUGUCGCUGCGCGAGGGGCAGCACGCCGACCUGCUCAAGGUGGGCUGCGCCGGCUGGUGGUACGUGCGCCUCGCAGGCGGUCAAGGUGAAGGUUGGGCGCCAGCGGCGUAUCUCGACCAACGCAAGACGUCGCGCUCGUCAAGUCGCUCGCACGACCGCCUGCACGACCACUGA